UUUCUUACUAUCUACGAGUUGGUACAGACGCCGAGACUACCCCAGCCGCUAUGUUCGUGCCCAACCUAAGGAUUAACGAUCUUCGAAUCUGGGAGACACAUAUGACUUUGUCGGACCUGAAAGCUGUCAGUCAUAUGAUGAUGGACAAAGAAGAAGUAUGGCCUCGGGAGGUGUCUGAUUUGGCGUAUAACAAGAGGGCUCGCACAGACGUUCGUUCCACUCUCCACUAUCGCAACGAGCUAAGGGGUUUUUGUGUACACUCAACUGGAUGGGAUGAAUGGUGGGAAAUUGAUUUAGAGGAAAUUAGCGUGGUAUCUGACAUCUUUUUAAUGGCAAGGGAUUCUACAAAGGUGCCACGGUUAUUAACCAUUAAAGUGUCCGAGGGAUCCUCUGAACCGGAUGCUCUAGCUUGCGUUGAGCGACGCGCAUUUAGUUGGCCGACAACAAGGUUCUUCUGCAGACCGCACUUGAAAGGAAGAUUCGUGAGAAUAACGAAUAUGGACGCUGGCACUACCAUCGCCUUCUGUAUGGUAGAAAUAAGAGGUUUCAAGUACCCGGGUUAUGUUGUUGUAAACGCAACUCUUCCACAGCUCGGACCAUAUCGUUAUAACACCUCCUACGUGCUUCCCUUCAAGAACUGCCUGACUUUCGCCUUUAUCAUCAACGGCUCAUAUCCUGGUCGCUUAAAUGUUUACUCAAGCGGCUACCAAGGAAAGGAAAGGCUAGUCUGGAGAGUAGCAGGAAGCCAGGGAGACAACUGGAGGCAGGGGAGAGUUUUAAUAGAGGGCGAUGGUAUUUUUAAGGUUAUCUUUGAAGCAAAGGCGGAGAUGGACAGCGAGAUCUAUUUUGACAAUAUCACUUUGUCACGUGACGUCAAUUGUACGCAUGCGCCCGAACACGCAGUACAUCGUCUUUUAGGGAUUCAAUCAAGGGUAAUAGACCGGCCAUUUUACCGCGAGAGACUGGAGCAGAUGUUAUCUCGUGCGGGGUUCGGGCGGAAGCUGUGGAAACCGUGCUACCGUGCACUUGAACAUGGAUGGAAUGCUAGCAACCUCCACAAGCAAUGCGACAACAAAGGCCCACUUAUCAUCUUGCUAAGACAAAGUAAUCUCCUCUUUGGGGGAUUUACUGGGGCUACAAUGACAGACUUUGCACCAGGAUACAACUUGGCAUACAAGCGUCCAACAAAACAAUCAAGCACCUGGGGUUCUUCCUCUAUGUACAAGUCAAGCCAUGCUACGGAUGGUCGGCGUGACACUGUUUCACACACGGCAGACGAUGACUUGGUGCCAUGGUUACAGAUAGACCUUCUUGCAGAGAUGCUCAUCUACAAAAUCUCCCUUGUAAACAGAGAUUCUUAUCUUGAUCGAUUGCGAGACAUCGAUAUCCGCAUAGGGAGUAACGAAGAGUUCCUUUCCAACCCUAAAUGCGGAGAUACGAUUAAAACUGCAUUACCUUUGGACUCUUCGUUUGACUGCACUCCUCCCAUGAAAGGACAAUUUGUCAGCAUAAACAAGACAGGCGUACAUCUCAGUUUGGGAGAAGUAAAAGUGUAUGGUUAUCGUCCGAUCCCAUCAGAAGCCGCCUUCUUAUUCCAACUGAAUGAAAAUCAAAUAUCUAAAGUGAAACAAAACCAAACCCACUUUGCGUCCUUUUAUUACCCACGUGGUGUCAUGUUCGGUGCGGCUGACCUUAGAGUUGACCUUGGGACAAGGCAAGCUUCUAUUGGACAAGAUCUAGGCGCUUUGGCAUACGACGAUACCCAAACAAAAACCUUAGACCUGAGCGAUGUAGAGGUCUUAGCUAUAGAAGAGACAAUGUGUGACCCGCCGUGCUUGCGAGGCGAGCAGUGCGACGAGGAACUUGGUGUCUGUGUGUGUGACGACAGCAAGAGAGACGUGGAAUGGUGCAACAAGAAGAGAGAGCUUUACACCAAGCGGGAGGAUUACUGUAGAGCGAUCUGUGGCUCGGUGAGAUGUUAUCCGCGACACGACACCAACGUACAUUCAGAAGAAGAUAAAUGGAGAUGCUUUACCGAAGAGUCUCUAACGUCAGACAGACAAAGCUACAAUAAAUCUUCCAACUCAACAAAAUAUUACACGAGGGACGAGGAAUUAAGAAACUUUGGCAAAGACUUUCCUGAGCUCAUUUACGACACGUUGGUAGUCAGCGCUGCGUACUACUGGUCAUUUGACGAUCGUUCAGAUGUCAAGGAGCUGAACAACGCAAAUGAGCACUGGACCGAGGCACCAACCGCGCAGUCUUCAAAAGGAAUUCUUAAUGGAGCCGUAGCAUUCAACGGAUCAUCUUUAAAACCAACAAUUCUCCUCCAGCAGCCCCAAGAACCAAUGCACUGUCUUUACAAUCAACUGUCACCUUGCAGUGGUGGGAUCACAUUUUCAAUGUGGCUAAAAAUCAAGCCAAAGCCACAUCAAGUGUUUCUCUCGACAACCUCUGCUUUAGAAGACAGAGGUUUUCGGAUCGUUGGUCAAGCCCAAGAUGGUUUGUCCCUUGUGGCCGUGUCAAUAAUCGGAGAUCUACACUUUGUUGAAAAGAAAGCGAAAUUCCCAUCGUUGAUAUGGACACAUCUCAUUGUUAAAUAUAUAUACAAAGGUUUUGAAGAAUUGGUCAAAUCGCUGGAACUGUUUAUAGAUGGAACGAUAGUGACAGAGUUUGUGUCAAACUAUAUAUCCUUGGAGAAGAUAACCCCGGACGUUUUUCCGUCCUACAUUAGCAUAGGGGAGGCGGAUGCGUCAUAUGACGAACUCUUGAUUUUCAUGCGAGCACUUCCUGCGUCAGAGAUAGAAAAUCUAUACCAGUACUACAAAGGUGCGCCAAAUCUGAUUGUUAAAACUACAAUUGGAUCAACUAAACCCUGGCAAGUGGAAUACCUCAAUAAGUAUAGUGAACUGUCGAAAGCAUUCGCUCGCGAGGUGUCAGACGAACUCUCCAUUCAAAACGACACUCGCCAGGAAAUCACUCGGAUGUGGAACGAAGGAGGAAAGAUCUGGUUCAGCUACUUACUGAACUACAACAGAACCGGGUACUCUACUGUGGCACCGCUUCUCGAAAGCAUAAAAAAAUCAUCAACUUUUCAUUUGAUAGAUAUCGAUGUCAACGAUGUGUACAUUACACCUUUAAAGCUAUCAGCUGUUAACUCCACAUCCUACUCAAACGUCACCUUAAUCGCGAAGUGGGAAAGCUCACGUAAUCUCUCUCACGGGAUACUCGCGGGUUACGAGGUGAUUUACUCGAGUCUCGAGAAUUCGAACACCUCCCUUCUCAAGGUGGACAACUCUAGCGCGGUAGUGCCGCUGACCGUGACAGACCUGAAGCCGUGCACUGUGUACGCGUUUUGCGUCAGGCCCAACACGCUCGAAGGGACUGGAGCGCUUUCGGACACUAUUUACGUCAUGACGAAAUGUGGGCCUCCUUUAGCCGCACCAAAUGGUCUACAGGGUGCUGCGAUUAACUCCACAUCCAUCCAGGUCCAAUGGAGCCCCAUUCCAGAUUCGCAGCUUCAAGGUCCUCUAAGGGGCUAUAACAUAAGCUACGACCCAGUGAACCAAGAGCCAGUGCAGAUCACAGUGCCUCCCUCGACGACAAUGAUAGUAAUCCAUGGCUUGAUGAAGUAUACGACAUACAGGCUGAAGAUCUCCGGAGUCUCUAAUGACCAGGAGAUGGGGCCUGAGAGCUUCUAUAUCAACGUUACCACACAACAGGACGCACCGAGCGCUGCACCAGAGUCAAUCCAAGCAAACAUCAUCAACUCCACUAGCGUACGGAUUUACUGGGAGCCACCUGUGAACACUGAACAGAAUGGCAUUAUCCUCGGAUAUAAAAUAUUUAUAAAGGAAACAAUUCAAUCCAACAAGACGAGGUCUUUCUCCUCUUGUUAUACAGUGCAGCAAAUUGACCAUCUUAACAAAUUCAGUCAAUACAACGUUCAGGUCGCGGCUUUCACUAGCAAGGGAUAUGGUCCAUGGGGCUUGAUAAGCUUACGGACAGCAGAAGACGUCCCUACUGCUUCGCCAAAUAUCACUGAAGCGUACAACACCAGCUCGACAAGCAUUUUCGUGAGAUGGUCAGAGCCUCCGGCACACCUACUUCAUGGCGUCCUUAGAGGGUAUCUGAUGAGAUACGGUUUGCGUAGCUCGGAUGAGUCUCAGAAAUCAAUCAUAUUCAUGCAGUGCCAGAUGUUUAUGAAUGUGACCGAGCUUGAGAAACACGAGGAAUACGAGUUCAGCAUUGCCGCCGUGACAUCAGCUGGCGUAGGCCCGUUCAGCGAACAUAUGUAUGUCUUCACUGAUUCCGACAAGCCAGAAGGAACCAUUCAAAACUUGACCGUGAACAGCUUGUCGGAUCCCCGCAGCAUCAAAUUCAACAUCCAGCCAAUGUCAAAAAAAGAUGCGAACGGGGACAUUCUUGGCUAUAAUCUGUACAUCUAUGACAAACUGAGGAACAAGACAACAGUCGUCUCCGUUAAUUCCUCUUCUGCCCAGGAGAUUAAUUAUCUCAGCCCUUACACAGACUAUGAGAUUCGCAUAGCAGCGUUUACAUCCAAUGGCGAAGGCAACAAAAGUGAACCUUUCCAAGUAAAGACCUCAGAGGAUGCACCUAGCAAACCACCAGAAGAAGUCAAGGUAAAAAAUACUAGCUCGACCGGCCUGGCAGUAACCUGUAUUUCUCCGGAUAAGGAACAUCUGAAUGGAAUUCUUCGAGCGUAUGUGUUACUUCUUUGGGAAACCCUGGACCGCGCCAAUACUGAAAGGAAUUUUACAAUACGAGUACCAGCGUCACAAAGGAAGAGACGCGCAGUAGAUGAAAGUGGCUCGGCAACCUUCGAGAUUAAUGGUCUUAAGAAAUACACUGAGUACAGCGUUCAAGUCUUGGCAGUUACGGUAAAAGAAGGAGUCCCCACUAUCGCCUUCAAUAUUACUACCGAUGAGGAUGUCCCUGACGAGCCACCAACAAAUAUAACAACCUUCAACACAAGCUCGACUUCAAUCCACGUGGCUUGGGGACCAGUACCAGAGGGACACCACAAUGGCAUAAUCCUCGGCUACAAAGUGUUCUUUAAAAUAAAUGCAUCUACGGAAAGUAUAAAUAACGUCAUAAUAAGCAACGCUUCUCAGCUUAACAUUGAGAUAUCAGGGCUGGGAAAAUACGAACUUUACAGUAUCUGGAUACUAGCGUUUACUGUUAAAGGCAAUGGCAAUGUUUCUACCCCAGUGUACUGCCGAACAGACGAAGACGCACCUGAAGGUGUGCCUGGAAACGUGACAUCACAAGAAACCGUCCCAACUGGAGUAAAAGUCAAUUGGCUGCCAGUGAAAAAGGAUCUCGAGAACGGCAUCAUUCUAGGCUACCACAUUGCCCUUUACACCAUUAGCGGCGUCUUCCUAAAAAACACAACAGUACAUGACUCGCAUAGCUUGACCGCUGACCUAGAUGAUCUGGAUAUCUGGACUAAUUACACCGUAUCCCUGAGUGCUUUCACGCGUGUCGGGACAGGCCCAUGGAGUCAGCGGUAUUUGGUGACGUCAGGCGAACAAGAGCCGCAAGACGCUCCAGCAAACAUCACAGCCACUGCCGAAAGCUCAACCUCUAUUCGCGUUCGAUGGGACCCGAUAGACCCAUCCCGAACUCGCGGGAUCCAUCGCGGGUAUCGGGUCUGUUACCAAGCUUCCAACACGCCUUUCCCGGACCCUUUACUUAACGUGACCGUUGAAUCAUCAGCCACAGAGGUACUGCUAGUGGACCUAUACAAGUAUGUGCGGUACUCCAUUUACGCGGUUGCAUUCACCGACAAGGAUGGGAAACUCAGCAACACCCUCACGCUAUACACACUCGAAGAUGUCCCCGACCGUCCACCUCAGACCAUCACCUUCUCCUUCCCAAGUCCAACGUCGCUUGGGCUCGAGUGGGAUCCAGUUUCCUUUGGCUACCAGAAUGGUAUCAUUGAAGGCUACAAGAUCACGUGGUCUAGGGGGAACCUGACAAAAAAGAUGGACCUUCACCAUGGCAACAGGUUCACUACCAUCGAUGGACUGGAGAGUUAUAAGUGGUAUAACAUUAGCAUCAGUGCAUACACAAGCGUCGGAGAGGGCGUUGCCUUUAAGGAGAGGGUUCUCACCAACGAAAACAAUCCCUGCCUUGCGCCACAACAACUACUUGCCGAGAAUCACAGCACACCUCACAGCAUUCCACUGAAGUGGCAGCCAAUCCCAGCACACUGUGUACAAGGCAUAUUACUUGGGUACCGAGUACGCUACAAACCCGUGUCUGCCGGAGAUACCACCAUAACCAAGAAAACUAUAGAAGGGGAGAGGGUCGUUGGCGAUAGUGAGCUAAGUGUCGUGUUGCAGAACCUGGACGUCUUUACGCGUUACAGAAUAGAAGUUGUAGGGUUCACUGAGAGAGGCGAGGGUCCAGCAGCCAUUACCUUCGGAGAGACUUGCCGUUGUAACCAUCGGCUGAGCACGAGUUGGAUGGAGUUUGCGCCUUACACAGUCUUCAACAAGUCAACCAAUCACCUCACAGGGCUGAUGCCACAAGUCAUAGAGAGUAUGGUGUCCGAGUGUUGUCGCACAUGUGCAAGCCAUGGGCCAUCUUAUGUGGACUUUGAAUACAACGGUGCCAACACUUCAUCACGAGUUGAAACCGAAACGAGCUUACGAGCUAGUAUCGACGGCACAACCGACCUUUCAUUCCCCAUAGCAGGUUAUACCCUACAAACUGAGUACAAAUCGACUAACGGCUACGCAGGCAUCAUAAAAACGUCUGGUGUAGCAUUCCUGCUGUCAUUAUCAAAAGCUGACUCGAGCCAUUCUGUGAUGAGUGCAGUCACAGACAAUUGGCCACUUAUCUUGGUUUGCAUUUGUUCGGCUUACAUCAUGGGGUGCGUCAUAUGGUAUUUGGAUCCAGAUAAUAAAGACUUCCCAGAUUCCUUCAUCGCAGGCAGCAUGGAAGGGUUUUGGUGGGCGUAUGUGUCCAUGACAACUGUCGGGUAUGGUGAUCGAUCGCCAGUAUCCCCCAAGGCUCGCCUCAUCUCCAUUGCCUGGACUCUUGCUGGGGUUGUUGUGAUUGGGAUCAUCGUCGGUAGCAUUGCAACCUCCCUCUCUACUAUCACCAUAAAACAGGCCAGCUCUCUCUACGGGUUACGGGUCGCUUCUAUCAAGAACUCAUAUGAGUACCGUUUUGGUCUCAGAAGAAAUGCAGUUGUUGAUGUUGGGCGUGACUAUCAAACGUUUGACAAGAUCUAUGAAGAUUUGGUCAGCGGGUAUGUUGGUGGUGCCCUCCUGGAUUCGCUAGCUUUGAGCAGCCGCAAGGACCUUUUUGAGAAGCCGUUCAUUCGCGUCCACAAGGUAUACGACGUGUCGUUUGUCAGGGGGGUCGUGACGUCUGGUGACACCACAAAACUGACCAAGUGUAUCCAUCGCUAUAUGACAUCACACGCGCAGGACAUAUCAAACAGCGUGAAGGAAGCAGCUAUCCCAGUAGAGGUGUCUAGCGAGCCGCUAGCAACGGAGCUGUCAUCAUCCUUGUUCGACUCGAGCAGUGAGUUAUUCAAAAACUCAAUCCUCUACAUAUCUUGUUUGCUGAUUGCUGCCAUAUUGCUGGGCUUAGCCUGGGAGGUCUACUACAGGAGAACACGGCAAAAAAAUGCAAUUAAAGAAACCUCAUUGUUUGCAUAUCGGCGAGUUCUUCGAGAAGAGAUGCAGAAGGUUGUCUGCUCAUUUCAUGAUCGCAUGGAGCGUGUUCUGAAUGACAUCAGGGAGAAGCACGAGCUUGAAAAGAAGUGCUACGUGAAGCAAAUGAAAGAAUACUUAAAGGCUGAACAGAAGGAAGAAAACGCGAGGAGUAACGAACAGGCGCGCGCGCUCGCGGAGCAACAGAUCAAAUUAAAAUAUCAACUAGACGAUAAGUCUGGACCUGUCGCCUUGAGUGAAGCCUAGCAAAGAAAAGAGAUUAGCACCAGUCAGCGAGAAUAACAUACUAGAUACAUUUAGGCACUGCCUAAAGCGGAGCCCCACACUUAAUAAUGCGCUUUACAGAUUAGAUAUGAUCGUGCUUUAUAUAAAUUCUCCAAAUUCAAAACACUGUUCAGGCCAUUGGACAAAAUGUUUGUAGUUUCCAUAGUACAUACAAUAGAGAAAGAUACAAUCUUUAUUCUUACGUUUAUCCGAAUAUUAUUUUCGCAUAAAACCAACCCAGGUUUACGAAAUCGCUUUGAUUUACAAAAUACUAAAAUGUUAGGUUUGAGCAAUACUCGUGAUUUCAAAACUAAUAAAUUGUAAUAUUUGUAUAAUUGAAGUAUACUGUAAAGAACAAAAAUGAAAAGGCUUGUUAAUUUUUAUCAUUUAUCCACGAGUUAUAAACAUUUCAAAAUAGAUCACAACAACACAAGCUUAUGAAAAAUUUUGGGUUCUUCUUUCACCGAGCACGAUUUUGCUGAAUGAUGUUUUGCUUUCGAAAAAGUUAAUAAAUAUAUAAAAAAAUAAAUAAAGCACGAUUUUGCUGA